UAAACAUUUGGUAUUCUGAACCAGAUUCAAUUUAAACCUUAACAGUUUUAUCGAUAACUAUCCUUGAAAUCGUGGGCGUAGAAAUAUUAAGUAAAGUCUAGAUAUUGUAGCAAUUUCCGUAACUUCCUGUUAGUCUUGUCCAAUGUCGUUUAUUUAUUAGACAUGACCUGUCACAAGACAACUAUAUAAAACAACAAAAAUGGCACAAUCUGCAUCGAAAUCCUGUGACAUCUGUAUGAGUGGACCGGGGCGUAACAUAUGUGAACUAUGCGAUCAAUGGAUGUGUGAAAGUUGUAAAACUUUACAUUUAAGGUCAAAAAUAAGUAGAAAUCAUACAUUUAUAAAUGGGUCACAUAUCAACACAGAGGAUAAACUGUUUUGCAAAGAACACGAUGAAAAUAUUAUAUUUUACUGCAAUGAUUGUGACAUGCCAAUUUGCAAAAUUUGCGUUGUCAAAAAACACAAAAAGCAUGAUAUGUCUGAAAUCAACGAAUCGACACAGAAGUUACAGGUUGAAGUGAAAAAGUUCAUUGACUUACGGAUUAAUUGUGUAAAAACAGAUCUAGACAAGAUUGAACAAGGCACGGUAAAGUACCAGAGCGACAUACACGAAGCUAUAAGCGCUAUCACAGAAGACGGGAACCAGAUGAAGCAGUGGAUUGAUCAAAAAGUCCAAGCCCUUAUUACAUCAUUGGAAGAAAAAGGGACAGCGAACCUGAAUGCCUUACAAUCAAAAAGAACUGACUUUCAAAAUGAUUUAGAAAAGUUCCAGAAAUGUCAGACUGCUUUUACCGAGAGCCAGAAACUUGUCAAUGUAACUGAACUUCUAGCACAGCUGACACAUAUAAAAUCCGAGUUAAGAAUUGCAUUAGAAAAGCAGUUACCAGUCAUGUCGACAGUAAAAUAUUACAAAAAAGAUGUAUCAGAACAGGAAAUAUCCAUUCUAUUUGGAGAACUAUCAUUCCGAUCAGAGUCCGACAAGAAACUUUUCAGAUACCAAUGUGACCAUUGCUGGGAAAAAAGACUUUCUGAAGACAACCCAACAAGUUGGCCAAUACAUGGACGAUUUUACAUGUGCAAAAACUGUCGAUGUCUGAGGUGGUUUUUUCUCAAAGAAGAGAAGUAACAGAAAACUUAAUUAACAAAGCAAAUAUACAUGACAAUUCAGUGAAUUAUUUACUUUGACUAUAAGAAAAUGCUGAUCAAUUUAACGGCAUUGAAAUCUUUUUUGUAUCAUAUCUAUGUACAAGUCUUACAGACUCGAUGUAAUCAUGCUGAAAAUUUUCAGUCUCAAUCGGUAAUAUAUUGCUUUCCAUUUAGAGACAUUUUAAACACUUUAAAUCGUUAAAUUGAUAUAAAGUACCAGUGUACUAAGGUUUCGGUAACAUUAUUCUUUUUUCAAAGCGUUGGGACUAUUGGUUUCAUCUUAUUAUUUGUUUGUGACCGUAUCGAUCUUUUGAUUAAAUAUGUUUGUAACUUAUUAUUACAGUUUGUUCAAAUGUUGUGCUGUCAUGAUCAAACACCUGUUCUAGGUUAGAGUUAGAAUUUGGCACUCACAAAUAUGUUUAACU